CUUGGUUUUUCUGUCAUGUUUCAUUCUAUUAUAUUUAUUUUAUAUAAUAAGAAAAGCUUUUCGUUAGUUAAUUGAAGUCAAAGCAGUAUUAACACAUCACAAAUAAUUUUAAAUUUUCAAACGAUAGUUCUAUAUAUUAAGAAUAAGGUUAACCAUGGUUGAAAUAGAAGAACAAGUGAAUAAUUUAACAGUUCAAGAAGACGAUGAUCUUGUGGACCCGUGGAAUGUAGCUGGAAAAUCACAGACUGGAAUUGAUUAUGAUAAAUUGAUAAAAAGAUUUGGAAGUCAGAAAAUUGAUGAAGAACUUAUUGCUCGUUUUGAAAAGGUGACUGGACAGAGAGCACAUCACUUUCUACGGAGAGGUAUAUUUUUCUCGCAUCGAGAUUUGAAUGUUAUUUUAAAUCUACAUGAAGCUGGUAAGAAGUUUUACCUUUACACGGGGAGAGGUCCCUCCUCUGAGAGCAUGCACAUAGGUCAUCUUAUACCAUUCAUAUUUACUAAAUGGUUACAAGAUGUAUUCAAUGUUCCGCUAAUAAUUCAACUGACUGAUGAUGAGAAAGUCAUGUGGAGGGAUAUCAAGAUAGAGGAUGCGAGACAAAUGGCCUUCAACAAUGCAAAGGACAUCAUCGCUGUUGGUUUUGAUCCGACAAAUACAUUUGUAUUUAAUGAUUUGGAUUUUAUUGGACAAUGCCCAGCUUUCUAUCAGAACAUGCUGCGCGUUCAGAAGUGCGUCACGUUCAACCAGGUUAAGGGUAUCUUUGGUUUUGGAGACUCGGAUGUGAUCGGCAAAAUAACAUUCCCUUCUAUAGAAGCGGCUCCAGCGUUCUCUACUAGUUUUCCAUUUAUAUUUGAAAAUAAAGUGUUACCCUGCCUUGUACCGUGCGCCAUCGACCAAGACCCAUACUUUCGUAUGACUCGUGACGUAGCUGCGCGUUUAAAACUCCCCAAGCCAGCGCUUUUGCACGCGGCUUUCCUCCCCGCGUUACAAGGCGCUCAGCACAAAAUGUCCGCCAGUGACCCUAACGCGUCAAUCUUCCUUAAUGACACCCCUAAGCAGAUUAAGAAUAAGAUAAAUAAAUACGCAUUUUCGGGUGGACAGCCAACCGUAGAGGAACACAGAGAGAAAGGUGGCAACAGUGAAGUGGAUAUAUCAUAUAAAUACCUUACCUUCUUCCUUGAAGAUGACGAUAGAUUAGCUGAAAUUAAAAAAUCCUACGAAUCUGGCCAGCUUUUAACCGGCGAGUUAAAGAAAAUAGCGAUAGAUACAAUAACACCUAUCAUUCAAGACUACCAGGCGAGGCGGGCGAAAGUAACGGAUGAAGUUAUGCAAGAGUUCUUCAAAAUACGCAAAAUUAAUGUGUGAUUGUAAAUUAAUUGACAUUAUAAAUGCAUUUUAUUAAGCCCAUUGUACUUGGUGAUAGACAACAGGUGAAAAUGAUAAGGAUUGUAAACCGCUAAACCAUUGUAUUUAAAUUAUCAAAUAGAUUUUGAUAUACAAAUUAGAUAAUCACAAUUGAAAGCUUACUUUGCAAGCAAUUUUCACUUUUCAGUUCGUCGCUCGUCUAACUUGCUGUUCAUAUACUUCGUAGAAGUAAUUGCAUUUUUUGUUCUGAUAUUGCAUACCAAACUUUCUAUGUGAUGCAAAAAAUUUUACAAUAUAAACAAUUUGUAGCAAUAAGCAAACGAGAGCAAUAUCGUGUUAAUUGGCUUAAAAAAUGUUUUAUUUUUUUAUUUUAAAAUACAUAAAUAACUACUUUAUUUAGGAUUUUUACUUGAACAAGCAAAAUUUUGCAAAUCGAAGCUUAAGUAAGGUACUUUAUUGUUUUAACGCAUAAUAAUUAUUUCA